AUGGUCGUCGCAGAUAUUGGUCUUAUUGGUCUGGCCGUGAUGGGACAAAAUUUGGUGCUAAACAUGAAUGACCACGGAUUCACUGUAGCCGUUUUCAACCGAACAGUGUCUAAAGUUGAUGAAUUCUUAUCUGCUAGUGCCAAAGGAACAAAAGUGAUUGGUACUCAUAGUUUGGAAGAGUUCACGGCUAAGCUCAAAAAACCCCGGAUCGCCUUGUUGCUUGUGAAGGCUGGAAGUGCGGUAGAUGACUUCAUCGAAAAACUGCUCCCGUUUCUUGAGGAGGGCGACAUUAUCAUUGAUGGUGGAAACUCAGCGUACAUGGAUACUGAUCGCCGCUGCAAUGAACUGGCGAAGAAGGGAAUCCUCUUCGUUGGAUCCGGCGUUUCCGGUGGCGAGGAGGGCGCCCGUUACGGACCAAGUUUGAUGCCCGGAGGCAACCCAAAAGCUUGGCCGCACAUUCAACCUAUUUUCCAGGCCAUUGCCGCCAAAGCGCAAUCAGGAGAGCCGUGCUGCGGAUGGACUGGUUACGGUGGUGCCGGUCAUUUUGUUAAAAUGGUUCACAAUGGCAUUGAAUAUGCCGAUAUGCAACUGACUUCAGAGGCUUAUCAUCUGAUGCGUGAAAUUGUCGGUCUUUCCAACGAUGAAAUGUCGCAGGUUUUCCUUGAAUGGAAUAAAGGUCCCUUGGAAUCCUAUCUAAUCGAAAUCACUGCCGGCAUACUGUCCUUCAAAGAUGCUGAUGGGUCCUCAAUGAUCGAUCACAUUUUAGAUACUGCUGGGCAGGUGAGCUGA